AUGAGCCUUUUAUUAGUAGUGACAAGUGUGUUGAUCGGGUACCCGUUUCUGGUUGCUGCUCAAGUCGAAGAGCAACCGAUCGUGAACAUUCCCGAACUGGGAAGCGUUCGCGGUUCAAUAUCCCACAGUUCAUGGACCAACCGAACGAUCUACCAAUUUCAAGCGAUUCCGUUUGCUAAAUCGCCAACUGGUGAAUUGAGAUUUCAACCACCAGUUAAAGCGACCAGCUGGGAGGGUACACUGGAUGCAUCUAAGCCGGGUAUCAUGUGUCCUCAGAUUCGGAAUGGAGAUGUCCUCGCAAUUGAUGAAGACUGUCUUACACUGUCAGUGUUUUCUAAUAAUUUGACCGCAUCUUCUCCGGUUAUGGUGUCCAUUCACGGGGGCGCGUUCUAUCUUGGCAGUGCGGUGGCCUACCCUCCAGGCUAUUUACUGGAAGCGGAUGUAGUCCUAGUGGUGAUUCAAUACCGAUUGGGUCCACUAGGAUUUUUAUCCACCUUAAGUGAUAGAAUACCUGGCAACGUUGGAAUUCUGGAUAUGAUCGUAGCACUGGAAUGGGUACAGGAAAAUAUUGAAGCGUUUGGCGGAAAUAAUGAGGCCGUAACCAUAUUCGGCGAGUCUGCUGGUGCCGGUGCAGUUUCCGCUUUACUGCACACUCCUCUCGUUCGUGAAAAACCAACGCCAUUAUUCCAUCGGGCAAUCAUGCAAUCGGGAUCAGCAUUUUCGCCAUGGGCCAUAUACGACACUCCGAUUGAAGCGACUCACGAUAUUGCUAGACGUUUGGGCUGUGUCAACGACUUGGAACAGUGUUUGUUACAAGCACCAAUCGACGGCCUUCUACGUGCAUUCGAAUCACACCGUGCGGAUACGAUUACUAAUGCCGGAGCAUCAAUGGUUGUAGGAGGUCCAUCGGGACUUUUUCCCGAGCAUCCAAAGCACUACACAUCACAAGCUUUCCCUAACAUAAGCGUCCUGGGGGGAGUAACCUCCCAGGACGGUUUGUUUUUGCUGAACGAAAUCUGUGAAGUGCAUCCGGAGUCACUGAAGUCGCUAAAUACUUCUCAUGAUUUGCUUGCAUUUGUACGAUUGAUUCAUGAAUCGUUUGGUCAAACAAGACUUGACGGUGUUCUUGGCGGCUUCGCGAUCUCUGAACAUUUUCUGAUGAGCGAAGUCGAUCAAGUUCAGUGGAACGAUAUUGUCCUGGGAUUAACAGAUAUCUGCAGUAAUCACGCAUUCAAAGGGCCAGUUCUGGUCGACCUUCUAGCAUUAUCGUCGAUCAAUCCGGGUAGAGUUUACCUGUAUAGUUUUGACUAUGCAGUCGACAACUCGACAAGUUUACCGCUGACAAUAGAGUUUCCAUACGAGGGAGCAGUCCAUCAUGCAGCAGACAUGCAUUACCUGUUUCCAUGGUCGGAGUUAAAUGAGGAUGGAUUAAGAAUAGCGAAAGCCAUGGUUCAACUUUGGACUUCCUUCGCCAGAACGGGCGUCCCGGUAGCCGAAAUUUUUCCCUAUUGGUCGCCAAUGAAAAGUAUGUAA